UAGUCUGCAUAAAUUCCAAAAAUCGUCUGAUUUUUCUUGAGCUUCUACUUCUGGCUAUACUAUCGUAUCAUUUCCAAUUUACGAAUAGAACGUCACCCCGUCAUCUAGCACAUAAGCUUUUGCAACCACAAACAAAUACCAGUGCUAUUUAGUGUUACACAUUCUUGCCCAAACUCCAAACUAGGAAUAUAUACCAAGAAUUUUCGAAACCCUAAAAACCAAGUAGCGCCUAAGAAAAUCAAAGUUAUAGUUCCGCUAACAAAACCACAUUCCGUAUCGUCAAAAUUAAUUUCCCGAGAUUAAAGAAUAAUUGCAAUUCGCCCAUUUCCAAGAAUAUUUUUUUUUAAUGUAUGGUAUGAUGUCGUUCGCUGCAGCUCCAACUUACACUUCUUUGCUCCAAAAAGAAAGGAAAAAUCUUUCUUUUAAAACGAGUUUAAAUUCCGGAGCCAAUGCCCACGAUUCUGAUAACAAUUCUCUCAAAACUUCUGUUACUAAUAGCACCCUUACUGGAUUUGACCUUGAAUCAACCAAUAAUUCGUUUGAUGAGUUUGUUACAAAAGUUAACUUAGAAACCAGAAACAUUCACAACAACUACUCAUUGACCAAAAUGGAUACUAGACAAUCGCAAGAUGGACCCGCAACUCAAUAUAGGGUUAGUUUAAGUUUAACCAAACCGGAAAUUGAACUCAUCAGAUACACUUGGAAUAAAAUGUUAUUGGAUGAUGAAGAUACAACUCCAAGACCACCAAGUAGAUCAACCAGUCCAGGUAUCCCUGGUGGAUAUCCUGGAGACGAGACUCUUACACGUGAUACCCAAAGCUCCAACUCCAGUACUGCCAAAAUGAUAAAAGCGCAAUCGUCUGCCAUCGCCACAAGUUUGUUUUGUCGUCAAUUUUACGCCAACUUGUUAUCACAUGAACCUGCAUUAGAGAAAAUGUUUCCAUCCAUCAAGCAUCAAGCCGUCAGUUUUGCUGCAGUCUUGUCUUUGGCAGUCAUGCAAUUGGAAAAUUUGUCAAGCUUGGAAGAUUAUCUUUUUAAAUUAGGUAAGAGACAUACUAGAAUCUUGAACAUCGAACCUGUGCAUUAUGAGUUAAUGGGUGAAGCAUUAAUUCAAACUUUCCAUGAAAGAUUCGGAUUUAAGUUUAAUCAAGAAUUGGAAAUUUUAUGGAUUAAAGUCUAUCUUUAUUUGGCCAAUAGUAUAUUACAAUUUGGUAUUGACCCAGUGAUGCAAUAUAAUGAAACUCCCAAUCCUAACCUGCUUGCCGCACCAUCAUUCACCCCAUCUAGAAGAAAUAGUAUGGUUGAUGAAAUCGCUUCAACAUUUGAUGAUACCAAAUCAAUGAGCACUCAAACUACAUCAUUGUCAACUCAUAUAACUGGAAUGUUCAAGAGUCAUAAAAAUAACGGACAUGAUUCAAAACCGGUUCUGCCAGUAGAUCCACUUCCUUAUAAUUCCAUGAUUCCAUCAAUUUCUCGACAUGGAUCACAGCCUCAAAUUCGGGCUGCACCUCCACCACCUCCACAAAUCAAGAAGAUGCCAAAGAAAAGAAAGAGGGAUUGUGUUAUUAUGUAGAUAAAUGUUUUACGUGUAUUAUGUUGUAUAGUAUAAUGUAUCAUCGUAUUUGGGUUC